UGUGGGCAGCGGUCACUCCACAUCAACGACACUAUGAGGAAGAAGAAGAGAGCGUGAUAUACCCAUCCAACUCCCUGAUCUCGCAAUCACGGAUAUUGGAAGCAGGUCCGCAUCUCCUUCGUCUUCGUUGCAGUAUUAAUGAUUACAGCCGCCUACAACGCUCAACACCUCUCGUCCUGUCCCAUUCUUUCCAUCUCUAGCAAUCAAUUCGGCAUCAUUCGUACUUGGAACACCAGCUUGAGAGCUCGAGGUAGAGGGGGAAAUUGUGAGGAGUUCGGUGACUCUGGAAGCUGUUGCAGGAAAAAUAUUCAACAUAUACAUUUUUUUUCACGUCUAAAAUUUGGUCUGAGAGCUCCAGGUAUUUCAGAAGAGGUUCUGCUCUUCAAAGACAUCUUUGUCUUCCAUGGAUGAUCACACUAAGAAAAGACCAGCUGGUGGGCUGGAAUUAUCCAAAAGAAGUUCUGGUCUUCCUUUGAAAGAGACAAAGCAUGCGAGAAACUUUCAUGAGUGCAACGCUACAGGUUGCAGUACUGGGCAUAAUUCAAUGAAAAACACUCAAAAUAACUGUUCUGGGAAACUUAAAUAUUUGAAACAUCCUUUGUGCUUUAGAAGCAGCAAUCCUAAUUCUGCAAGUUCUUCAAGAUCAUUGUCUUCAAGUAUCAAUUUGAAUUGCCAUGGAAUUCUAAAUGAGGAAUCUCUCAAAGAAGCAAAUGUGGCAGAAUGCACUAAUAAACAAGCCGAGAAAGACGAUGGUUUCAUGUUUGAUUUGGAGUUCCAUGGAAGAAAAAAAGAGAAUGAAUAUUCUGGAGGUCUUAAACAACCCGCUAUUCACAGUUUUCCUUCAAGUUCAACAAAAAUGCCAAGCAAUUCCAAAGCCACAUUUGCCAGCAGAUAUGGCAAGCAAGUUUGUCAAAGUUCCAAAAGUGCUAUUCAGGACAAUGCAAACCCUCCUUUCUGCCAUUCUUCAAUACCAAGAAUUGCUAGUCAAAUUCCUACAUUUACUCCACAGUGUGUGAUUGAUAGACCACUUGGGUAUGGUCUGAAAAUUGUUGGCGCUGCAUCAAUUUCAGAUGCUCUUUCAUUUGUUUCUUCCUCUGCUGGACAUGAUAAAAGAGCUGUUUUACUCAGAAAAAAUUCUCAGGAUGGAGAAGGUUCCUCGGUGUUGCAAGUGCCUGAUGGUACCUCCGGGACCAAAUGCCAAUACAACAGCAGAGAUGCCACAAUUUCAUUAAGAACCCGCUUGAGCUCUGGUGCAGAGACUAGCAGUAUGAGGUUGAAUGAGCAAGAAGAUGAACAUAUUUUUGAACUGCCUGGGACUAUUACAUUUCCAACACAGCUCCACUCUCCAUUAAUAAUUUCUGAAGUUGUUCAAGAGAGGCCAUUUGAUUUCCAGAACACUUCAUUUGUUGGAAGACCACGGUCACAUGGUCGAAGUUCUCGGAGCGUGUCUUUUUUACGUUCUGAAGAUGUAGAUGAUUUCCUUGGAUUGGACAUGGAAGGAAUUGGAGAGGUUUUACAGGCACUGGAGAGGAUUGAGCAAGAUGAAGAGUUGACAUAUGAGCAAUUACUGGUUUUAGAGGCAAACAUUUUAGAAGGUUUUAGCUUCUAUGAUCAACAUAGAGAUAUGAGAUUAGAUGUAGAUAACAUGUCAUAUGAGGUAUGCUUUCAUCAAAUAGUUGCUUUUUAA